AUGUCUCUUUCUUUCUUUUUUCUUUCUUUUUCUUUCUUUUUCCUUCUUUUUCUUUCUUUUUCAUUCUUUCUUUUUUGUUUGUUUCUUUCUUUAUCUCUUUUUCUUUUUCUUUCUUUUUUGUUGUUUUUUCUUUAUUUCUCCUUUCCUUUUCUUUCUUUCUGUUUUGUUUCUUUCUUUCUUUAUCUCUUUUUCUUUCUUUUUUGUUGUUUUUUCUUUAUUUCUUCUUUCCUUUUCUUUCUUUCUUUUUUCUUUCAUUCUUUUUCCUUCUUUUUCUGUUAUUCUUUCUUUUUCUUUCUUUCUUUCUUUCUUUCUUUCUUUCUUUCUUUCUUACACAUUCUUUUUUUCUUUCUUUUUUCUUCUUCCUUUCUUUUUCUUCUUUUUUACUUUCUUUCUUUUCUUCUUUUUUACUUUCUUUCUUUUUUUCUUGUUUUAAUUUGUUUUCUCAUUCAUAUUCUUCGCCUUUUUCUCGCCAUUUCUUUCUCUCUCUCUCUCUCUUUUUUCUCUCUCUCUCUCUUUCUCUCCCUCUCUCUCUCUCUCUUUCUUUGCUUCUUUGUUUUUCUCCGUCUCUUUUUUUCUCUCGUUUUUUUCUUCUUUUCUUUUAGUGCCUUCCUUCCUCGUCUCUCCCUUUCUCGGCUCUUUUAUCCUAAUCAAACAUCUAUUAAAUAUACUAUUACUUUCCUAAUUCAUCUUCAUCUUCUGUCCGCCGGGUUAUCUACUAAUUCGACUCUGCGAUUAAAUAAGAUAUCUGUGCAAUGGAAUAUGAGAGUUCCAGCCGUUUAUUUUCGGGGUCUUUUGGUUCCUGAAAACAAUCGCAAGACCUGUAGACCAGUCUCUCUACUUAUUUUUCUUUCUUUCUUUCUUUCUUUCUUCAUUAUCUAUCUAUCUAUCUAUCUAUCUAUCUAUCUAUCUAUCUAUCUAUCUCUUAAUAUCCAUCUAUUAUUUUUCUAUCCUUGUUCAUUAUCUAUAAAUCUAUCAUUCUGUUCAUUAUCUAUCUAUCUAUCUAUCUAUCUAUCUAUCUAUCUAUCUAUCUAUCUAUCUAUCUCAUUCUGUUCAUUAUCUAUCUAUCUAUCUAUCUAUCUAUCUAUCUAUCUAUCUAUCUCAUUCUAUUCAUUAGGUGACCACUUGCGAACACCAAGUUUUGUAAGCUUGGAUAUGCUGGUGGAAUAA